AUGAGACUUUCGCUAGUAAAUUUCUUCAAGAAAAGUGUAAAUGGACACAUUUUUCGUGGUAAAAAUCGUUUGGUGAAGCGCGUCACUCCACGCGCCAUGCAAACACUCGUGCGAGAAUACGAACGAACCGAGGCCAACAUGAAGCUGCUCCUACAUCCAUACCUGACGAAGGAACAAUCCAGUGGACAUGCGAAGGAACUGGGCAAAAAAGAACAGAUUGUAGCGAAAUGGCGCGAGGAACAGCUCAAGAUGAAACCGCACGUUACGAUAGCGGAACGGUUGGCUCAUCUAAAAGUGACGGACGUGUGGGAUUGA